CGUAUUCCGAGAACGAGCAGCAGUUUCGACGGGGUGGGCGUUUUCUUUUUUCUUGUCAUCUGACUCGGCUUUGUUCGGCUGCUUUCGGAUUACGAGAACGAGCGGCCAUUUCGUAGGUUGGGUGUUUUUUCCCCUUAUCAUCGGGCUCGGCUUUGUUCGUGUGCCUUCGUCCGUCUCCGGAUUCGGAGAACGAGCGGCAGUUUCGGAGGCGUUUUUGGUGCGCGAGGGAGUCAUUCUGACGAGGAGCGAGCGAAAGAGAGAUGCUUCCUCAUCACGCCCGCUGACCAGAAUCGGGAGCGGCGCCCCUCCCCUGCUUUCCCUUCCCCUCCGGUCACGUCACGUCAAGCGAAGAAGCCCCCGAAGCGGAACGGAGCGGAGCCCCGGCCCAGGCUCCCGCCCCCCGGUCAGCUGACCGUCGGCCGGUCUGCUGACUCUCAAGUGGCUGUUUUCCGUGGUGGGACUGCGGGCGGCCCGCCAGCUUUUCGGUGCUCGUCGUCGUCGCAACCAGUUGUCGAGGAGCGACCGGAUCGCUUCGAGUGUCGAGCGGAUCUCUCGGCUGGAUCUUCGGGCCUCCUCUCCCGGGACCCCUGCCGGCCGGCCGGCCGGCCACUUGGCCGGCGAGAGGGCCGCCGGGCAGGCGUAGCACAGCACCAUGGCCCUGGCGGAGAUCGCCAUGCAGGGCCUGGCCGUCUUCGGCUUGCUGCUCUUCGCGGUGCUGUGGCUCAUGCACUUCAUGUCCAUCAUUUACGUGCGCCUGCAUCUGCACAAGAAGAGGUCGGAGGUCAAGCAGCCGGCGGGCGUGUCUCUGCUCAAGCCGCUGAAGGGCGUGGACCCCAAUCUCGUCUCCAACCUGGAGACCUUCUUCACCAUGGACUACCCCAAGUAUGAGGUGCUGAUGUGCGUUCAGGACGCGGACGAUCCGGCCGUGGACGUCUGUAAGAAACUCUUGGCAAAAUAUCCCAACGUGGACGCUCGACUCUUUGUCGGUAAGCUCUCGCAAACGUGCGUCGGUUCUGUCGCGGCCUGCUCACGGCCGCCGUGUCCGGCAGGCGGCAAGAAAGUGGGCAUCAACCCCAAGAUCAACAACCUGAUGCCAGGUUAUGAGGGCGCUAAGUACGGCCUGGUGUGGAUCUGCGACAGCGGCAUCCGAGUGACGGCGGACACGCUGACGGAUAUGGCCGGUCGGAUGACUGAGAAGGUGGGCCUGGUGCACGGCCUGCCGUACGUGGCCGACCGGCAGGGCUUCGCCGCCACGCUGGAACAGGUCUACUUCGGGACCUCGCACCCGCGCUCGUACAUCUCGGCCAACGUGAUGGGCAUCAAGUGCGUGACGGGCAUGUCGUGCCUGAUGCGCAAGGACGUCCUGGACCAGGCGGGCGGCCUGGUGGCCUUCGCGCAGUACAUUGCCGAAGAUUACUUCAUGGCCAAAGCCAUCGCCGACAGAGGUUGGAAGUUCUCCAUGGCGACGCAGGUGGCCUUGCAAAAUUCGGGCUCCUACUCCAUCGGGCAGUUCCAGUCCCGCUUGAUCAGGUGGACCAAACUGCGCAUCAACAUGCUUCCGGGCACGGUGCUGGAGCCGGUGUCCGAGUGCUUCCUGGCCAGCCUCAUUAUCGGGUGGGCCGCGCAUUACGUCUUCAGGUGGGACAUGAUGGUGUUCUUCAUGUGUCACUGUUUGGCGUGGUUCAUCGCCGACUACAUCCAGCUGACCGGCGUUCAGGGCGGUCCUCCCAGCUUCUCCAAGCUGGACUUUGCGGUGGCCUGGUUCAUCCGCGAGUCUAUGGCGGUGCAGAUCUUCCUGUCGGCGCUGUGGGACCCCACCAUCAGCUGGCGGACUGGCCGCUACCGGCUCCGCUGCGGCGGCACCGCUGAGGAGAUCCUGGACGUAUAGAGCCGCUGUCUUUUUUUUCUUUUUUUUAAAAAAAAACGCUUAUUUAUCUUCAUUUUGGUGCCGAUGUAAGCCAAGAACGGUCCCCCAACGCAGUGUUACGAGCGUGACAGAACGCCGUCUUCUCAUCAGUGUUCCGUCGCGACAUUUCCUCCUCCAUUUUGCCGUUAGCUCUUAGCGUCGCCUCCCCGCCUUCGCUUGAUGACGUCGCCUGCCCGUGACGUCGGAUGAAGACCGUCGCGCGCCGUUUCGGCCCGGGCCGAAGACGCGACAAUAAAGUUGGAUCUUUUCAAAGGAGCUGGAUUGCGCAGGUUUCAUUUUUCCCAUGCCACGCGGCCUCGACCAAACAACCGUUUGCCACCGUUUCGAACGGAUCGGAUGUCCGUUGCCGUCGAUAGGGUGAGUGACUAUUUAAUAUAUUGACAUGACACGGGGCGCAGGGCCGGUUUUUCAAAAACUUAAAACAUUUUCAAAACCAAAGCUGCUACCGACCUAAAACCAAAAUAGGCACCUACCUUAGUGCCAUAUAUGAGUCUCCAUGAGCAGCGGCAUCAAAAAAUUCAAAGUCAUUCCCUUAUAAAAUCCCGAUUCUUUUUUUUUUGUAUAAGAAUGACAAAACUUAAAAUGGCUAUAAAAUUACCAGAUUUUACACUAAAUGCACAAAAAACACGAAAUGCAGAGAUAAUCACCUAUAUUUUCAGGAUCAAUAGCAAUAUUUAACAUUUACAUUUUUGACCAAAAUAAUUAUACACUCACCGACCACUUUAUUAGGUACACCAUGCUAGUAACGGGUUGGACCCCCUUUUGCCUUCAGAACUGCCUCAAUUCUUCGUGGCAUACAUUCAACAAGGUGCUGGAAGCAUUCCUCAAAGAGUUUGGUCCAUAUUGACAUGAUGGCAUCACACAGUUGGUGCAGAUUUGUCGGCUGCACAUCCAUGAUGAGAACCUCCCGUUCCACCACAUCCCAAAGAUGCUCUAUUGGCUUGAGAUCUGGUGAGUGUGGAGGCCAUUUGAGUACAGUGAACGCAUUGUCAUGUUCAAGAAACCAGUCUGAGAUGAUUCCAGCUUUAUGACAUGGCGCAUUAUCCUGCUGAAAGUAGCCAUCAGAAGUUGGGUACAUUGUGGUCAUAAAGGGAUGGACAUGGUCAGCAACAAUACUCAGGUAGGCUGUGGCGUUCCAACGAUGCUCAAUUGGUACCAAGGGGCCCAAAGAGUGCCAAUAAAAUAUUCCCCACACCAUUACACCACCAGCCUGAUCCGUUGAUACAAGGCAGGAUGGAUCCAUGCUUUCAUGUUGUUGACGCCAAAUUCUGACCCUACCAUCCGAAUGUCGCAGCAGAAAUCGAGACUCGUCAGACCAGGCGACGUUUUUCCAAUCUUCUACUGUCCAAUUUUGAUGAGCUUGUGCAAAUUGUAGCCUCAGUUUCCUGUUCUUAGCUGAAAGGAUUGGCACCCGGCGUGGUCUUCUGCUGAUGUAGCCCAUCUGCCUCAAAGUUUGACGUACUGUGCGUUCAGAGAUGCUCUUCUGCCUACAUUGGUUGUAACGGGUGGUUAUUUGAGUCACUGUUGCCUUUCUAUCAGCUCAAACCAGUCUGGCCAUUCUCCUCUGACCUCUGGCAUCAACAUGGCAAUUUCCGCCCACAGAACUGCCGCUCACUGGAUAUUUUUUCUUUUUCGGACCAUUCCCUGUAAACCCUAGAGAUGGUUGUGCGUGAAAAUCCCAGUAGAUUAGCAGAAAUACUCAGAUCAGCCCUUCUGGCACCCAACAACCAUGCCACGUUCAAAGUCACUCAAAUCACCUUUCUUCCCCAUACUGAUGCUCAGUUUGAACUUCAGGAGAUUCUUAAACCAUGUCCACAUGCCUAAAUGCACUGAGUUGCCGCCAUGUGAUUGGCUGAUUAGAAAUUAAGUGUUAACGAGCAGUUGGACAGGUGUACCUAAUAAAGUGGCUGGUGAGUGUUUAUGUAUAUGUAUAUAUAUGUGUGUGUGUGUGUAUAUGUGUAUAUAUGUGUGUGUGUAUAUGUAUGUAUGUGUAUAUAUAUAUAUAUAUAUAUAUAUAUGUGGAUGUGUAUAUAUGUGUGUAUAUAUAUAUAUAUAUACAGUAUAUUUACUGCAAGUUGUAAACAGAUAAGAAAUCACUCAAUUUUCACAUCAGAAACAAUGCUUGAGGAAAACAUGCAGAAUCAAUUAUAAAUAAUAGAAUGAAUAGAAUAUUAAAAAAUUCUACAUACAAUCACAAUGAUAAAAUAGAAUAGCCCCUUAUUGUCAUUAUACAGUUGUACAAUGAAAAUGUGGAGCAUCUCCCUUUACAGUGCAGGAUAAGUUAAAAUCUAAAACAGUGAGUUGCAAGUAUAAAGUAUGAAAUCUAAAUAAACAUAAAAUGCGUAUGAGAUGGUCCUGUAAUUCAGGAAGUGAAAAUAAUUGAUGUGGUUUUACCAGGAUUUGAGCCCCGUCUUUCAACAAUCACAUAGCCUUUUUCUAUGCCUUACGUUUUCUGGUCAGCUUCGACUUUUACAAGUCCCUUUCUGCUCUCCUCGACUCUGCUCCUUUUCCUGCCGGCCGGCCACUGUAAGGCCUUGUUCUUCUUCGCUUCUGAAGUCACAUCCUUGAAGAAGUUCACACCAAAACAGUUGAAGCGGGACCGCCAGGAACUCCAGCAGGUGCUCUUGUGCUUCUGCACAACAGGGAGUCCCACAGCGACAUUCCGAAGGACACCGUGUGGGCCAUGGGGAGAGAUGGCCGCUUGGCCUGUCUCCAGCUCUCCCUUGUCCUCUGGAACAUCUCCAGGAUGUCGGCCCUGUGUUCCUCCUUGCCCGUGGUCAUGGCAAGGAGCUUCAGCCCGGCGACCAUGUUGGGGGUUGAUAGAUUUUGAAGUCUAUGAAGUUGCGUUUCUUUAAAAUACUGUAGUAUUACUCAAGUAAAAGUAGUCAUCCCAAAAAUUGUACUCAAGUACAAGUAAAGUAUUUGGGGAGAAUAAUACACAAGUAAUGAGUAACAUUGUGACUGCCUAUGAUGUUUUAUUAUUUUUUUUAUAUAAACUCUUAUUGUGAAGACUAUAACCUAACCACUUUAAGCCAAAGAAAUAAAAAUAAAAAAUCCGGAGAGAAUGAAAUGAAGCAUCAUUUGUCGAAAGAGCAUGAGUGCCCUCUAGUGGAGAAAACAUUUUCUAUUACGAAAAUCAUCUUUUUCUGUGAUCAAUUGGUGCCAACUAAAAACUGGGAGAGAGGUUAAAAUCAGUGCUUGACAGCAGCGCUUCGUCACUUUUUUUUCCCCUCUCUAAAUGUUGCUUUACGGACGCCACGUGAUUGAAAUGGUCGGUGUGAUCAUCCAUUGUUGGGCUAUGUCAAAAAAAAAGUAAAAUCUAUUAGGUAGAAUAAAAUUGGAAAAAUGUAACGACUAGUGUAGCCCAAAGUAGCGGAGUAAGAGUUGCGUCUCUGCUUCACAAAUCUACUAAAAAGUAUUAAAAAGUAUGGCUUAAUAAAACUACUCAAGUACAUGUAACACGUUACGACCUACCUCUGGGUUUGGCCUACUUCAUACAUAUGGAUGUCAGCUUACAAUAUUAAAAUGAAUGAAAACUAUGCCCCCCCUCCCUCGAAAAGGAAAUGAUUGUACUUGACUCACUGCCUGCCAUUGACAAGGCUAGGUAUCCAAUUGAGACAAACGGGGGGGGACUGGCUUUGGAUACUGCCACAUAAAUUACAUAUAUGAAAAUAGCUCAUGUGAAACUUUGUACCUCAUCAUGUAUUGUCAUUUUCAGAAUAGGCCAUUUUUUCUUGCAAUGUACAGUUCUGCCAAAACCUUCAUUUUUAAUGGCUAAAAUGGCCCUAUUCGACCGCCAUUCAUUUUACCCUAAUUUUCGCACUAUAAGGCGCACCUGACUAUAAGACGCCACCCACCAAAUUUCGCAUGAGAACGGCAUUUGUUCAUCAAUAAACUGCACUGGACUAUAAGCCGCAGCUGUCCUGUAUGUAUGUCAUUAAGUAUGUAUUAUGGGAUAUUUACACGAAAAGGAUAUUAACCAGUAAUACUUUAUUUGACAUCGGCGUCAUACCAAUUACUUUGAACCAAUUGGUUGCAAAGCUUCAUUGCUUCAAGAAGCUUAAUUUGACCAUCACUGUCAGUCAACCUCUGCUGCCACCUGCUGUUGUCCAACAUGCCUCCAAGCAUGCAUUGCAGCGCUACAGAUGUAAAUAACAAUCAAAAUUCAUGUCCUGUGCUAAAAAAUUCUUCAGUUACUGUUCCAGUUGUUUCAUUAAUUGUUAGUUAUGGUAUUUGGUAACAAUUUAUUAGACAGUGGUGCCAUAAGACUGUCAUGAGCAUUUAUGAAUGCUUAUAACAGAUGUCAUUAAGUGGUAUACGGCAAAUUAUCUCACUUUUGAAUGGAUGUAAAAGAUCCAAGCUGGACAUAAAUGGAGUUGACAUAAUUUGCCAGAUGUCACUUCACAACAUAAGCAUUCAGUAAUGCCCAUGAUACUGUCAUAAGUAUGAAUGACGGUUUUAUGACAAUGUUAUGAUGGCCUUUUGUAAUAAAUUGUUACCUAUUAACCCAAAUAACUCUUCAAAUAAGCUGCAGAAUUCAAAAUGAAGGAAAAAAGUAGCGGCUUAUAGUCCGAAAAUUACGGUAACUGCACAAAAAAAACUUCCAUUCACGCCUAUCAUUUCCGAUUAAGAUCUCCAAAAAAUUAACAGGAAGUGACCCCAAAAUCAAUAAGUGACCCGAUAUACCAACCAACACUUCUCCAGAAAUGGCAUUUUCUAGUGACAUCAUGUAAGCAACAAAAUGGAAAGCCAGACACAUCGUUUUCAAUUGGAAUAUUUUCCAGCAGACAAUAAUUUAAUGUUACUUUUCUAUUUUGGUCAGAUAACAGCUUUGUACAAAUAACAAGGUGGCAUGCGUGCACACACACAGGAAGUGUCAUCAUCCAGGUUUGCCACCAAACUAAUCCUAUUAAUCGCUAUGUACAACUAUGCAGAUUCUUUUUUUUGUGUUCCGAAUGAUGAUACCUGCCCUUUGGAAGGGAUAUUUUCAGCGUUUUCUGCUUCCGGCGGACGACAAGUCGGGUGGCAAAAGUGGGGAAAAAGCAGUCUUCUAGGCGGCCCGGGCCCUUUGCAGCAGUAGCAGGCGGAAAAUUGUCCGGGCGGCGGCCAGCAGAGCGCCGUGCAGCGCAAACUGGGCAGUCAGCGCCCCGAAGCCGCGGUAGAAGCCGGCCGGGCCCUCCUUGCGCCGGAUGGUGCGGAAGCAGUCGGCGGUGCCGUCGUACUGCGUGUUGACGGGCAGGACCAGCGGGCCGUCGGCGC